AUGUCGCGUCCUGACAAAACGCCGGCACCCGCACGGCGGUUCGUUCGUCCAUCGAGCUCGGCGACCCAGCCUCCAACCUCAGCCAGGAAGUCAGCACCACCCUUCUCCCAGUUUCGUACACCAGGCUCGACGGCGUCUCCCCACAGUCGUGUACCGCAGUUCAGUACCCCAGCGCCAACUCAUAAGGAUGAGAUCAAUUCGAGUCUAGAGGAUGAUGAGACUUCUCCGUCACUACCCCUACGGAACCCUCUCGGUCACGCAUCAAACCGCGAUCCUAUCGACGAUGUUGAUGGUGUUGAUUUGCCCUGGCAGUCAGACCAUCGUGACACCCCGAUGCCAAAGAGGAGAAAGGUCUCGCAUCCUCACAGGCCCGGCGAUGAACCAAUAGCAAUAUCGUCUUCACCAUCUGAAGGAGAAUCUCGGAGCCCGCAGAUGAGCGACGACGAAUUGCACGAAGCGUCACCACCUGCCAAUGUAACGCCGCACACGACCGCCCGCUUCCGGACUCCCGCGCCUUUCAGAACCCAAGAGGCCAGUCGUUCUUCAAGAACGGUAUUCAGGGCGACGGACAGCAGCUCGACGGCCAAAUCUGAGAUUGUUAACACCCUUCCUGAUGCGUUCACCCCAUCCAGAAGGAAAGGCAAGCACGCCUAUGUGCCGGGAAGUCUCGCGGACACGGUGAGGAACUGGAUUCUCGAGGUUUCGACAGAAGAUGGUAAGAAGGAUGCAAACGAUGAGCGAGAAGUCUUGAUCGAGGACGCCAGGCUGGAAGCAUCUGGUCGGGCAAUCACAGCGAUCGAUCAAAGCGGGCUUCAUUGGCUUCUGACGGGUCCGCAACGGUGGAGUGCCUCGAGCAUCUCACUAGAAACCGUCCAGCGAAUAAAAGAGAAAGGUAAGGUUAUUAUUCGGAGCACAUCCAAGAGCUGGACCGUCCCAUUGCAACAUCUCGACAGAGGCGCUGACAUACAAGUCGCUGGACACUGGGAUCUACCGCCAUAA